AUGGUGUCGGGGCCGGGUUCUGCCGGGACCCAGCCGGGACCCGGGGGUCCGGCGGCAGUAGCCGCAGCUCCUCCACCCGCAACCAAUCCGGCUCCGGAGCCCUCUGCAGUGCCUGAACCCGCCUCUGCGCAAGCACCCGCGACGGGACAGAGAGCAGGAUCCGGUUCCGCAGCCGUCUCGGGACCCCCAGCCGGGGCUCGCCGGGCCUCGGUGACUGGAUCGGAGGCUGGAACCCAGCGCGCAUCCGCAUUCUCGGCCGUCCAGGAGAAUGCCCAGUCCGUACCCGACAACUCGGAUGCGUCGCGGACUCGCUUCAUAUUCCAAGGGCCGCCCUUUGGUCCCCGAGCCAGUGGCUUGGGGACUGGCAAGGCGACGAGCAUCUUGCAGACACCGGCUGCCUACAUCGGCCAGCGGCCUGGGGUGUCCGGCCCCGAGCGCGCCGCCUUUAUUCGGAAGCUGGAGGAAGUACUGUGUCCUGACCUACGUCCGCCUGUCCAGAAGAUCACCCAAGAAGAGGUCAAAGUGAUGUUAAGUUUGCUGGAGGAGCUUUUCCCACGUGUCUGGGAGACUCCAGCAGCCAGGAACUCUAUUCCCCAAUGGAUGGGGGUCCUUCUGUAGAGAGAGCGGGACCUGAACACGGCAGCCUGCAUUGGCCAGUCCCUGGUGAAACAAAACAGUGUUCUGUUGGAGGAGAACAGAAAGCUGGAAGCCAUGCUGGACUUGGCCAAGGAGGAGAUUUUACAUCUCAGACAGCAGGUGAGCCUGCGGGAUGACCUCCUUCAGCUGUACUCAGACUCUGAUGAGGAGGAGGAUGAAGAUGAAGAAGAGGAAGAGGAGGAGAGGGAUGAAGAAGAAGAGCAGAGGCCUGAGCAUCCCUGUGAAGCCUCAGAGCUGACUCCUGUGAUGGAGUCAGAGUCGCACCACUGCCUGCAGCAGGAGGCCCUGCAGGAGCAGCUGCGGCUACUGGAGGAGGAGAAUGAACAGCUUCGAGAGGAGGUCUCUCAACUCGACGACCUUGAGGAGGAGGAACAGAUAUUCAUCCUGGAUUGUGUGGAGCAGUUUUCGGAGGCCAGCCAGCAGAUGGCUGAGCUGUCGGAGGUGCUGGCGCUCAGGAUGGAGAACUAUGAACAGCAGUGGAAGGAGGUCGCCCAGCUGCGGGUCCAGGUCAUGAAGCUGCAGCGGUGCUGCUGGUGGUAUGGGGCUGAGACUGAGAAGUUGCAGAAGCAGCUGGCUUCGGAGAAAGAAAUUCAGAUGAAGCUCCAGGGUGAGGAGGCACUUCCUGAUUUCCAGGAGACCCUGGCUGAGGAGCUCAGAAUGUCUAUAAGGAGGAUUAUCUCAGACCCUGUGUUUUUUAUGGAAAGGAAUUAUGAAGUGACUCCAGAGGAGACAUCAGACCUGGGAUAUGAGCCACGCUACGGAGAGGAGCGAGCACAGGAGCAGGGGCUCGAGGCUGGAGAGGAGCUGAUGCCGGCCGAGGAUUUUGUGCCUGCGGAAGAGCUGGUGCCCGAGGAGGAGGAGCUGGGGCCCACAGAAGAGGCAGCGCCAGCUGAGGAGGGGGUAAUAGAGGAGGCGGAGCUGGUGUCUGAAGAAGCUGAGGCCUGGGAGGACCUGGGGCUGGAGGUGGAUGAAGCGACUCAGAUGAACAUGGUAACCUCAGCCCUGGAGGCCAGCGGCUUGGGCCCCUCGCACCUGGACAUAAAGUAUGUCCUCCAGCAGCUGGCCAACUGGCAGGAUGCCCAUUUCAGGCAGCAGCUGAGGCAGAAGAUGAUCCAGAAAGGCUUUGCUGUUCCCCAGCAACCUGCAGAGGCCCCACAGACUGCCUGAGGCCCUUCCUUCUGCUGCCUGGCCAAGCCCCACUCUCCUCAGACCCUCUCUUCCCAUGCUCUCAAGCAGGACCCCUGAUCUGUCCCCAGCUCACCCCAGACAAGCCUGGACUGGAACUUGAGGGCCCAAGCCUCAAGCCUCUUCUGGGAGAGGCUGAAGGAACCCCGGCCCUUGUUCUGCAGCUGGUGCAAAAGCUGUGGCUGCCGGGCCUGGGUCACGUGGUGGCUCCCGGGGUGAAGAAGCCCAGGCGGAGGCCCCACCAGCUACCAGACCCAGCUCUCAGUUGGGGGCGGGGCUCAGGCCCUGGGCAGAGGAAUUGUUCUGAGCACCCUGCUAACUAUACACCCCUCACCCCUUGACCCCCAAAUUAAACGUGGCUCGCCUGUCCUUGGUGACUUUUAGGGACCUGGUCAUUAUUUCCUGUUCUUGGCUCUUCUCGGUUCCUAAUUACUGUUUGUAACCAGAAGUGUCUGUGUGGGUGAGCACUCCCUCUGCCUGGUGGGGACCUCCCCACCCCAUCUCCUGUCCUCCCCACCUGUGACCUGUGAGUAUCCAGGCCCCCUCCCAAGGCCCUGUCCCCCACCCACAUCUUCUCCUCAAUGCCCCUUGUUUCCUGUUCUGGGUGUUUUUCCCUCUCCCCCUCUUUACUUAUAGACAGUGGAGUCGGGGCCCAGGACCCCACUGGUAUCUGCCGUGAUCCCCACAGUGCUUCUCACGCUCCUGUUGCUUGUCAGUGUGUGUGUGUGUGCUGGUGCAGGAAAUAAAGGACCUGUGAGCUACCUGG